CAUGUGUUGAUAUGUACGCAUGUUUCCGAAAUGCAUGGGACCCGUGCUGGCAGUAUUUUAGCAGGAAACAUAUGUUUUCAGCUGACAGGGCUGGAGAUAGGGGCGACUGAGCGGAGCUGAACAGCUGCACAAAGGAAACACAAAGGAAGUGUGUUGUUGCUCUGCCAGUGAGGCUCAUUUGGGGGGUAAAAGCGCUGGACAGCAGGGGGUUUUAUUUCUGUGAGGCAGGGAUAGCUUUCGAGGGGACCCAUUCUCUUAAAGCUAACUGAAGACGACUUGACAAGCCAUGACGAGAACACUUGAACUAGUUGUGUUCCUGUGUGCUCUCUGCUGCUGCCUAGCGGAAAAUGUUGAGUUGCUCCGCACUAAGAGAGGGACUCGUUUUUACAGAGGUGAGCCUGACAGGCGGCCAGCAAGACGGACGCUUGUGAUUAUUCAUGUCCAGAAGUCUACAUCUUCCUUUGACACCUCCUUACAUUGUGUGGAUAGUGAAACGUCAGCAGUGCGUAGUUUUGGUGACACUUGGCUGCGAUGGAGGGGACAGCGUGUGGAGUAUUGCCGUUGUGCAUUAAGAGGACAACAGCGUUGUCACAUUGUGCCCGUCAUCAACUGCUACGUGUCUCAGUGCUACAACGGAGGAACCUGUAAGGAGGCAGUUUACACUUCUGACUACAUUUGCCAGUGUCCCCCAGGCUUCAGUGGGACUCAGUGUGAGAUAAACAGCAAUGAGAAGUGCGUUUUGGGGCAGGGUGAAGGGUACCGCGGCACAUGGAGCAUUAGCCAUUCAGCGACAGAGUGCAUCAACUGGAACUCCACGUCUCUGAGAGGAAAGAAGUUCACAGCCAGGAAGCCCGACGCCAGCCUUCUCGGACUGGGCAACCACAACUUCUGCAGAAACCCCGACAAUGACAGCACUCCUUGGUGUUACGUCUAUAAAGGCACUCAGAUUGUGUGGGAGUUCUGUUCCAUGCCCAGAUGUCCAAAAGAUAGGAACCAACAAUGUGUGCUGGGCUCGGGUCAGUCAUACAGAGGCACAGCAUCUGUCACUAAGAGCGGCUCUCGCUGUCUGCCCUGGGACGCUCCUUCUAUUAAACGCAAACUCUACAAUGCCUGGAGAUCUGAUGCACUGGAGCAGGGGCUGGGCAGCCACAGCUUCUGCAGGAAUCCAGACGGUGAUGCAGGUCCAUGGUGUCACACCUACAAGAACAUGCAGCUGACCUGGGAGCUGUGUGACAUACCUAAAUGCUCAAGACGUCCAUCAAUCAUCAGCACUCUCGGUCCACGUGCCCCCACCACUAACAACAAUAACAGAGCAACAUGUGGGCAGCGCUUGGACAACACCUUGAACCGCCCGUCGUUCCGCAUGUUUGGGGGCAGAGAGAGCGACAUCACGGAGCAGCCGUGGCAGGCGGCCAUUAACGUUUACCAGGCCCGCCACAGAAAACACUUUCACAGAUGUGGAGGUGUCCUCAUUGACUCCUGUUGGGUUCUGUCUGCUGCACACUGCUUUGAGGACAAUGAUAAGGCUGAAAAAUUGGAAGUGAUCUUGGGAAGAACAUUUCGGAAACAGAAUUCCAGCAGCGAGCAGAUUUUCAAGGUUGAGAAGUACUGGAAUCACGAGAAAUUUGACAACGAAACGUUUGACAAUGACAUUGCUCUCUUGAAGCUAAAGACGGACAUUGGCAUCUGUGCUGUAAACUCUCCAGAAGUUCUCCCUGCGUGUCUGCCGGCCCGCGGGCUUGUGCUGCCCGACUGGACCGAGUGUGAGAUCUCAGGCUAUGGAAAAGACUCAGAGUUUUCUGCAGAGUUCUCUGAGCGUGUGAAGAGAGGUUACGUUCGCCUGUGGCCCAAAGAGCGCUGUGUCCCAGAUGUGUUGUCUCAACGCACAAUUACCCCCAACAUGCUGUGUGCAGGCGACACCCGGGGCCUGGAUGAUGCAUGCAAGGGAGACUCUGGUGGCCCGCUCGUCUGUCGGAACAACGACAAGAUGACCCUGAUGGGUGUGAUCAGUUGGGGCGAUGGGUGUGGGCAGAAGGAUAAACCCGGGGUCUACACCCGCGUCACCCAUUACAUCGACUGGAUUAACAGUAUAAUUAAGGCAAACCCAGUCUAAAGUAAGAGAGACUGCAAAGAAGAUUUUAAUAGAUGACCGUACCCACAAACACAGUGGGUAGAACAGCAAAAGCAGAUAUGUUUAUCAUUGAGAAGAUAGACAGAGAGAUAAACAGGACUCUCACUCUGUUGUUUAUCUAAAUGCAAACUAAUUGAGGUUCUAAACAAGCGGGACCACAAGAACUCACAAGAAAGACCUCAAUCACAGUUUUCAUGUUCAAAGUAGCUCUGUGUUUCAUGUUUUUCUGUUCCUAACUGUGUUAACUGUGACAGUACAAAUGGACAAAAACACAGGACAAACUCUUUUUGCUCUUCUGGGUCAUUUCGAGUUAAAUAAUACUUGUUGUCUCUUCAUGUAAUCAGAGUUAAUGUGUUUCUGAAUAUUUCCUCCAACAAAAUGGAGGUUGAGGUGAAAAAGGGAAUGUCAGUACAUCCCUCUCUUUGUGCCAUUGUAUGCAAAUAAGUCAGAGCGGUAGACUUCAGGUCAGAAGUGCUUUUAAUCCAAAAGAAUACUCCACUUAACCCAAUACAUUUACUUUGCUCAGCGCAGUUAGUCACAUAGGAAGGAAGGCUUUAAACCAAUAUUGUAUUUGAGGUUAUGCUGGCGUUAUAUGUUUUGAUGUCAAUGCAAGUUCUGCAUCAGUUUACUUUGGGGCUUUAGGGGAUCCACACCGAAACACAAAAUGUAUCUGCUGGCUCAGAUUCUGCUUGUUUUCACAGUUUGAACUCCUGUUAGCCUUUUAAAUGGAUUACAUUUGGGACAGGUGGAAACAAACAGAUACUCUUUUACAAAAACCUGUGCCAUGUUCAUUGUUCUCACUACGUGUUUUAAAAUCAGAUUCCCAGAGCACUUCUCCAACAGACACCUGGGUUGAGCCCAGCAUGUACAUAGCCUAACAUGUAUAUUGUCUGAAUAUUGAUUUUGUAUUGUUCUGUUCUCUGUUAAACUGCUUAUUGACUGCAAAACAUAAUCCAUUUGUUCUGUGACUGGGUUUUAAAUGUUUUUUUACUAAGUUAAUAUUUAUGUGUGUUUUAUAUUGUAUUAGAGAAAGUCAUUUUUUGCUGUGUGUAGUUUGGUAAUUUAUUGUCUCUGUCAUUAUAUCCACAUCUGGCAACAUACUCCUUUGUUAAUAAAUAAUAUUUGGAAUACAUCUUUA